AUGGCCCGGGUCGGGGAGGACGUCGGCAUGGCUCCGCCGGGCGACGGCGGGACUGGGAGAACGGCGGUGGCGACGCGCGUGCCCCGGGACGCGGCCGCGCUGAUGCCCCCGCCCGCGCCGCGACCCCAGCAGAGGGCUCGGAAGCAGAAGGUGCUCGACGAAGACGAGUGGACGGAGCGGCUGGACGCCAUCAUCACGCGCGAUUACUUCCCGCACGUCCCGAGGCUCAAGAACAAGCUCGAGUGGAUUGAGGCGAGGAACAGCGGAGACCCGGAGCAGAUGCGACGCGCGCAGGAGAACAUCCAGCGGCGGCAGCGCGACGCCCUCGGCACCCCGGGAGGGAUCUUGGACACCCCGUCGCUCGGCGGGAGCAGCGGUAGCGGGGUAACGCCCGGCAGCUCGGUGCCCGGCACGCCGCGGAACGGGUACUACGGCGGCGUUGAUCCCGCGCAGCUCGCGGCGGCGGCGGCGAGGGCGGCGGACUCGAGGAUGUCGUUGGACCAGUUCGCCGCGACGCACACGUCCGAGGACAACGACUCGUUCCGCGAGAUCUUGGAGCGGCACAACGCCAAGCGCGGCGCGAGGUACGCGUGGCAACAGCAGGAGACACACGACGCUUGGCAGGCGAAACAGACGUUGCGCAUCGAGGCUGCAGAGGCGGCGGUGAAGCGCCGGCGCGCGCUCGCGGCACCUGGCGGCAGCGACGGAGGAGGAGGAGGAGCCAUCGUCGCCGUCACCGACGGGUCCGGCACGGAGGACGGCGCGGGCGCGCCGCUCGUGUUCACAAAGUUCAAGGCGAAGAACGAGCUGUACUACCCGCCCGACGGUUUGGCGUACAGCUCGAAGGAGAUGCAGGCCAUGGUGCAGGGUCCGCCCAAGGAGACGGUGGCGAAGAACACGCGGUUCGCGGCGCCCCGGUCUCGACAAACAAACGGCGUUGGUCUACACAAAGCGCUCUUCACGCCCACGCCCGGUCGGUUCGCCGGGGACGAGGACGCCGCGGAGCGCGUCGCGAGGGAGCUCGAGGCGGCGGUCAGGGGUAAGAGCGGGGAGAUGUACACGUCCGCCGGGACGGAGAGGCGAGCGUACGGCUUGGUUCACACGCCGGCGGGCGCCACGCCGAGGGCCACGCCGAGGGCCACGCCGAGCGCCACGCCGGCGAGGGCCACGCCGGGCGCGAGGGUCGACGAUUCCCCCGCGGUUGGGGGCGAGUUCUGGGGCGCGUCCACCGCCACGCCGCUGCGCGACAUGGACGACGACAUGGACGCCUACUUCGAGGACCUCGGGGGCGGGACGGGCGGCGGGCCGACGUUUGGCAUGCGCCCGGCGGAUAAGCGCGAGGAGUUGCUGCGCAAGCUGACGGACUCGCGCGCGAAGAGGACGCCGUCGCGCGCGGGCGCGACGCCGUCUCGACCCGGCGGCGUGAUGCGUACCCCGGGAGGGGUCACCCCGUCCUUCGACGCGGCGCUUCGUGGGUCAUAUUCCGGGCGGACACCCGGGGCGACGCCGCGGAUGACGCCAAACAGGGGCGGGAUCCGCACGGGCUCGGCGACGCCCAAGGUUGGCGGAGCUGGGUCGGCAACGAAUGCGAGGGGUGCCGGUGCCCUGACCGAUGACCUCUUGAACAUUUAG